CGGGCGCCCCGGGUCCGAGCGGCUUCUGCAGGGUCGCUUUGAGCUGUGCAGUCAGCCACUCGCGGCGGAAAGUUCGAGCCCGGCUCUGGAUGACAAGUUGGCGUGGCGGAGAUGUCUUCUAACUUUCCCUGGGUGGGGAUGACGUUCUUUUCGAGAUGCUGGCGGAGCCCCUGGGCAGUGUCUGACCCUGCGGUCAUGCUGCCAGUCCUUGACCCCAAGCCAGGUCCGCUGUGCUCGAUGGUUUAGGGCCACGGGCCGAGGGGUCCCCGCGACCUGGCGACCCCUUUCCCCUCCAAUGGGGGAUUCGCUGAUGCGAGUCGGCCGGCUGGUGCCCUGCCGGGGAUGGAAGGAGGACGUGCGGGGAGAGCCGGGUGCGGAGGAAACGCUGUGUCAUCCCCUGGGGCCGCGGACUGUUGGAAGAGUCCGCGUCCCUGGGAGCCCGCUUCAGCUCCUCCCCCGGAGCGACCUCCGAGGAAGGUCUCUGGAACCCGGGCCCUGGCGCCGCCGAGGGCUCGGCUCUUUGGACCCGGUCGGGCUCUUCGGAGCAUGGUGACAGUGGCCUUUUUACCCGGGGACUCCCGACAGGGCGUGACUAACUCGUCCUCGGCCACGGAGUUGGGGAUCGAACCCAUAGCCUGGACGUGCGACCAGUGCUGAAGGCUUGGAGGGGCCGUUCCCACGCUGCGGGCCGCUUCGUACCCUCCUUCCUCCACUGCCUCCAGCCAGCGCGGAGGAAGUGGACUUUAUUAGGAAAAGGGCGAAGAGGCUCGGCUGAAGUGAACUGGGUUUGCCUUGGGUGGGGGGCAGCGGAGGCGGACAGAAAGAAGUUUGCAGGAAGAAAGGAAAUUGUACAAGGUGUGUUGCUGGAGCCCCUUCUAGGUAUGAAUCACGAGACCCAGAGCCAAGGAGGAUGAGGAGAUGGAAAGAACAGCCAACAGCCCACCUCCUUCAGGAGCUUAUAAUCAAACAUCCUUCUAUGGCCGCUUCAGGCACUUCUUGGAUAUCAUUGAUCCUCGCACACUCUUUGUCACUGAGAGACGUCUCAGAGAGGCUGUGCAGCUGCUGGAGGACUACAAGCAUGGGACCCUGCGCCCAGGGGUCACCAAUGAGCAGCUCUGGAGUGCACAGAAAAUCAAGCAGGCUAUUCUACACCCAGAUACCAAUGAGAAGAUCUUCAUGCCCUUUAGAAUGUCAGGUUACAUUCCUUUUGGGACGCCAAUUGUAGUCGGUCUUCUCUUGCCCAACCAGACACUGGCAUCCACGGUCUUCUGGCAGUGGCUGAACCAGAGCCACAACGCUUGUGUCAACUAUGCAAACCGGAACGCUACCAAGCCUUCUCCUGCGUCCAAGUUCAUCCAGGGCUACCUGGGAGCUGUCAUCAGCGCCGUCUCCAUUGCUGUGGGCCUUAAUGUCCUGGUUCAGAAAGCCAACAAGUUCACCCCAGCCACCCGUCUUCUUGUCCAGAGAUUUGUGCCAUUCCCCGCUGUAGCCAGUGCCAACAUCUGCAACGUGGUCCUGAUGCGGUACGGGGAGCUGGAGGAAGGGAUCGAUGUCCUGGAUGGUGAUGGCAACCUCGUGGGCUCCUCCAAGAUUGCAGCCAGACAUGCCCUGCUCGAGACGGCGCUGACGCGAGUGGUCCUCCCCAUGCCCAUCCUGGUGCUCCCCCCGAUCGUCAUGUCCAUGCUGGAGAAGACGGCUCUCCUGCAGGCGCGCCCCCGGCUGCUCCUCCCUGUACAAAGCCUUGUGUGCCUGGCAGCCUUCGGCCUGGCCCUGCCGCUCGCCAUCAGCCUCUUCCCGCAGAUGUCAGAGAUCGAGACGUCCCAGUUAGAGCCUGAAAUUGCCCGGGCCACGAGUAGUCGGACGGUGGUAUACAACAAGGGGCUGUGAGUGGUGGCCGGCCGGCCUGGGGAUGGAGUGCUAUCCAGGCCGGGGAGCCGGGGGCGGGAAGGAAUCUCCCGGCUGCACCUGCAGGGAGGGGCAAGCUGAUCCCACCGGUCCUGGGCCACCUGGGGGAGCACUGGACCCACAGUGGUAGGGAGACUAAUCUAUUCACAUGUUAACAUAAGGGUGAGGAAUUCUGACACAUUUCCUAUAAGAAAUAAUCAAGUGCAUUUCUGGGCCUUACGUGGGGUUGUCAAAACUCUACUCAGCACAAUUAUCUGUGAAGCUGAAAAAUUGUAGAGUGCCCACGGGAUAGACUUAGGAUCCUUUUAUACUUUGGGGUUUUUUUUCUUUUGUUUUUUAUCUGAAUCAAGUCUGAGCCUUGGCUGCAGUGGCCCAGAUGGCAGCAGCGGACCAGUGGUGGCAGUAGGAAUAGGCCAGGGGGCUGGUUGGGUUGGCAGAAGGGCUGGUAGAUUCAAGACAUUAUGGUGGCCGGGCCCAAUGGCUCCCUGAGCUGGGCUGGGCUGGGCUGGGCUGGGCUGGGCUGGGGGUAGGGGAGGCAGUCUACACCUCACAGGAGGAAGCAGCUAUGACUGAGGUCCUCAGGAGGUGGCCCAGGGAGUCAGAAGCACUGGAAGCCUCUGGAAGAUUCUGUGGGCAGUUGACUCUGAGUGUGGCUGGCCUUCAUCCAUGCUACAACCUGCAGAACCAAUCCCUCUGCACGAAGCCCAGUGCCUGGGGCUGGAAUUGUGGGCCUGCACUUUGACCUCUGCAGGGUGACCCUCCUUCUAGUCACCAGGCUGGAAGCUGGGCUGUGGGGCUGAGGAUGGGGCUGGAGCUGGAGCUGGACCGACCUCCAUCUGGGGAGCUCUCAGGCCCCAAGGCUUCCUGCCCCAUCCCACUGCUUCCCGAGUGGGAGGGUCUUAUGCCUGAGUGCAGAGGCAGGUUUCUAGGUACCAAUCUGAGAGUCAGCAUCAAGACAGGAACUGCAGGCCCUGGCUGUGGCACCAAUGGGCUGUGUGACCUUGGACAAGUCUGCUCCCCUCUCUGAGCCUCUACUCCCCAUCCGGAACCAGAGGACUGGAUCAGGGCGUUCCCACCGACUCUUCCAGCUAACCUCGUCUUUGCCUGUCCUGCUCAGAUGCUGGUCAUCCCAGGCACAUCCCCAGUGUGGACACUGAACUGGGAAAGGGGCAGGCCCCUUUGGGAAUGGCCUCAGGAGCUAGACCUUGACUUUCUGUAUGUGAACCCACAUCCUGGGAACACUUGAUCUUUGCCCCUUUUCAGUUCUGAAGGAGGAGAUAGUGUGGGUGGCUGGGCCUAAGUGUGGCUCCACACCCACGUGCCACCUCUCACCCUGCACCGGCCUCCGAGGCCACUUGCUGCUGGCUCCUGUCUCUUCCCAUUGGCAAGCCAGGAAAAGGAGAGGCCUGCAGGGGCUCUGCAGAAGACAGCAGGACCCGAGGUGAGGGUGAACAGGGCAAACAAAGAGGACGCAUGGGCCCCAUUGUACCCUUCACCUGCCCCCAGCUGGAAUGGAGCCCUCAACAUGCAGCCGCAUGGCCUCCUCACCUCCCUGGUGACUCCACCUGGGGAGAGACCCGGCUGGAGGUGAACACAGGCAUGUGCAGGAAAAGACUAGUGCAGGGCAGCAAGGCUGUGGCCAUGGGCGGCUCUCACCAUCCUCUGUGCAGGGGUGGUUGUGGGAAGGUGGGUCUUCCACAGGCACUGGCACCAUGUACCCCCUCAGAACCCCGUGCUGUCUGUGAGGACCUCCCAGCCUGGCCCUGCUAUUUCUGCAGAAUGCUGCCCUGAGGGCCCCCCACUCUCCUGAGGAGCAGCACCCCCCUACCAGUCAGGAAGGGGUGAACACAGAGCAGGUAGGGAGAACAGAACAGCAGAGAAAAAGGGGCAAGUAUUUUUGAGCCAAUCCUGCCAUAAUGUGACCGUGCCAAUGACAGGCUGCGUGUUUCUGGGUCCCCUUUUGAAAAGCUCUCUUCAAACUCACCCUACCCCACCUCUCAUUGGACCUUGUUUGUGUGCACUUUACCUUGAGACCAAAACUGCCCACCCCAGCCCCACUCGCACCCUUUCUGGAGAUGUGGUAGAGAUGGGGUCUCUCCAGCUCCCUCUCUGGACUGGCUGCCCUGGCCCAGCCCCACCCCAGCCCCAGCCCUGUGGCCUUGUCAUCUCAUAACCUACUUCCUUUGUCUCCUGGAUGAUUUCUGGUCAUGCUCCCAAAUGCAACUUCAGGUGAGCUAACGGGACUCCUCCUUGGGAAAGGGUUUGGCAAAAGAUCUGUAUAAUACAGCUCAGGGUGAUGGUGACAGAGGGUCAGUGGCCAUGCAGAUAAGAUAAGCCCUGGCUCGGCUGUAGAAAACACCAUAAGGGAAACCUUUUGGCCAAUAUCCAUCACCCACUCUGCUGAGGCCAGAGGAAGGGAGGCCUCGUGGGCAGAUUGGCUCAUGACUGGGGAGGAGGCUGAGCUAGGUCCCACAGCUAGGGUGUGGCUGGUCCGGCUGCGCCAGAAUCCAGGCCAUACCUACAACUGGUUCUCUAGCCCUGGUGUACUGCCCCACUCCCCACCCCCACCUUCUUCUAGUCACUUCAAACAUUCUCUGAGGCUCGGGGAUGUCCUUCUCCCAUUCCGGAGAAUAAUCUGAUGGUGCAGGGGCCAAAAGCCCAAGAUGUCUAGACGGCUGCUGGGUCAAGGUGGCUGAUAGCCCCCUUUCUACUUCCUGAUUGUGAGCUGGCUUGUUUUCUGUCCUGAGCCCCUGGCCUGGGAGAAGAGUGGGGUCCUGAGAGCAGAAGGGCCAGAGGACAGGGGCAAGUGCUCUUCCAGCCCUGGGCCAGGUGUGAGUGAGGCACGAGCACAUAUGCCUUGGCCACACCAAGGGGACUUUGCAGUGUCUUUUUAACCUUCUCAGAAAAUUUCUCAAUCUCUGUGAUUUAUGUAAUACUAAUGAGCUGUGGGCAAUAAAUGAUGGAUUUAAAGCA